AUGGCCGACAGAGGUAUGUUUGUUUCUGCAAUGAUGAAAUUCGUAUAUUUUCAUACCAAAUUUCACUUUCAGUGGGUUUUCCACGCUUUGGCUUGAAUGGUAUUUAACCUGGAAUAACGUUUCCAAAGAAGAGGCUGAACAAGCAUAAAUUUGUACCAAAUUUUACCUUCGAACGCUUGACAAGUAUGUGGCAGCGUGAGACUAGAACUGGACAUUCAAAAACACCAGAUUAUCUCAGGUAUAAUGCUGCAAGAGGCUAUGAAAAUCCAGAUGUUAAUAUGAGAACGUUUUCACAAAGAAGGGACGUGGAAGAGCAACAUGUAAAAGGAGAGAAUCUAAGAGAUUUUACCACUAGGAACAUGUCUCAAAAUACGUCUUCCUCAGAUAGAAUGAUAGGCCAUGGGCCCUCACCACAUUCAUCAACAUCAUUUUCAAGGGAUUCAAACAAAAGAAAUAGUUAUUCUGUGUCUUCUGCUAGUCAUAUGACACCUGAUGGAUCACAGUACUCAAUGUCAACAUUUUCAGGACUAGGAAACAAUGUGCCAAUACCAAAUAUGGGAAAUCAAUCCAUGUCCCGACAGAAUAUGGACCCACCAAACAUGGGACUACCAAAUAUAACACAACAUAGUAUGACACUGCCACACAUGGCCCAACAAAAUAUGGGAACACCAAAUAUAACCCAACAUAGUGUGAGAUUACCAAACAUGGUCCAACAAAAUAUGGGACCACCAAACACAACCCAUCAAAAUAUGGGACCACCAAAUAUGUCUCAACAGAAUGCAUUACAAAAUUUACCAUUAGAAUUUAUGAAUGGACUUCCGAUAAGUUUACCUCCACCUGGAUUUAAUAGCAUGAAUAUCCCUCCCCCUGGAUAUAAUGAUAACAGAAUACCAAAUAACAUCCCUCCUCCUCCAGUACCAGGCCAAUAUGGUGGCUUACCUACCCCUGAUAAUAGACUUAUGGCAGGAAAUAACCCCUCUCCUAUAAAUAUAGACAAUUCUCAACAUAAUACUAUAGGACUGACCCAUUUCCCACCAYCUAUGCUGAACAAUCAAGGAUUUAUACCUGUCCCAAUGCAUCUUCAUCAAAUGAACAACCAACAGACAUUUUCUCAGGAAGGAAAAAGACUGGCUCAAAAUGAAGACAGUGAAACAAGAAUACUAGAUCAAGCUUUGGUUAACAAGUUUAUUGAAGAAAGACAACUGAAACCUGUUAAAAAGGAAAAUGGAAAACCUAAGGUUGGUGAAGCCAAAGAAAUGCUCCAAAAWUGGUUUCAAGUUCUUAAUAAAGUUGAAGCACAGCACAACAAAUUGACUGAGUGUAUGAAAUCAGGUGAUUCCGAAUGGCAAAGAGAAUUACAAAAAACAAAUUUACUCAAGGAAGAACUUGAUCAAGUUGAAGCAGAAUUUUCAUCACAGUUUGACAUGGAUAGUUUGUUAAAGGAUAUCAAAAAGAAACAAAGAAAGAGGGAAUGGCAAAAGAGAAGAAGGAAAACCUUAGCUCUCAGAAAAAAGGAAAAUGAGUCCAAAAAGUUUGAACUUCACCUUAAAAUUGAUCAAUGGCGAGAGAAAGAAAUAGCAAAAGCCCAAGCAAAGUUUAAGGAUGCUAAAGUCAAAAAAGAGGCAGGAGGAGUUCUGGGUGAUGUUAGACGAAAACAGAGUGAUUCAAGCAAAGCUCUUAGUUUACUUCAAGCUGUUAGAAAAUUGCGAAGUUUUAGAAAGCAGGAAGCUGAAGUCAAAGGAGUUUAUCAAAAACCCACACCUGAACAAAGUAAAGAAUUUGAAGAAAGACUUGAUUUCUUGGAAAAACUAAUGAAAAGGCAUCAUGAGAUUUAUGAUUCAGAAGAAAAAACAUUGGUUGUAAUGAUUGCAGAAGAAGAAGAGGAAAAAGAAAGAGAAAGGAGAGAAAAGAAACUAGCUAAGCAACUAGCAGAAGCUGUUGCAUCAGACUCUAGUGAUCCUAUGAGAGAGUUUUAUCGAUAUUAUACACAAGCUGAGAAUGGAUUGGACUCACUUCUGCAUAUUAGGCAUGGAUGGGAUAUGUACAUUGUUCCAGAGGUAGUUGCAGGAGGAAGUUGUGUUCCACAGGGAGAGGUUUCUUCUGCUUCACCAAACUCAAAAACAUGGGCAACAUUUCUUCAAGAAAUUGAAAAAAAUUCAUGAUUUUUGAUGUCAAAUCAUAUAGAUUGAAAGCUCAGAAGCCAAAAAAUUGGGACAAAUACAUAAUUUUGUAAAUGUAAAAUUUGGAUCAUGUUAAAAUCUUUUUAUUAAAAUCUUUCGA